AUGUUUCAAAAAGUUUUUGGGCCAGCUAUAUUGAAAAGAGGCCGUCAAGUCCCAUCUUACGAGGAAGUACGGUACAACGCAUCCUUGGUCCUGGGAAAUGGAAACAUAGUAACGAGCGAUCCAUUUCCAAUACCGAAUAACUACAAGGAUAUCGGAGGAUAUCACAUUUUUAAUUACAACAAAUCUUUACCACAGAAUUUGCAGGAUAUUUUGGAUAAUUCAAGAAACGGGGUAAUAUAUUUCAGCUUGGGUUCCAUUCUUAAAGUUUCAAGCAUGUCGAAUAAUCUUCAGAAAGCGAUUUUAGAAGUUUUGAGCAACACAAAUCGUGAAGUGAUAUUUAAUUCAGACGUAACGUUUUCAAAUGUGGCUCAAAAUAUUAAUAUAGUCAACUACGCACCGCAGUUAAAUAUUUUAGCUCAUCCAAAUUGCGUACUAUUCGUCACCCAUUCUGGUCUUCUGUCUUUAACUGAGGCGUUAUACUAUGGAGUACCAGUGAUCGGAGUACCAUUUUUCGCUGAUCAAUACAAUAAUAUCAACAAAGUGGCUGAUUUGGGAUAUGGAAAGCAAGCUUAUCUAGAUGUGGAAUCAGCUGGUAAUCUUCAAGAAGUUAUGGCGGAAAGUUUGGAUAACCCAAAGUAUCGACAACGCGCCAAAAAACUAUCAAAGAUAUAUCAUCAUAAACUAGUAAACCCCGGGAAAAAGCUAGUCCACUGGAUAGAACAUGUUAUACUUUCUGGUGGGGCUCCGCAUUUGAGAUCACACUCGCUGAAGAAGUAA